UUUCCAAGGCCAGCUUGUAUUGGACUGGCAUUCUCUGUCUCAUAUGUACUGAAAGGCACCCGUCUAUCACUUCCUCUCCUACUCAUUUUCUCCAAGCCAAGCAAAGCAAGCGAAGAAGAGAGACGACAGUUGCUCUUCUUUUUCGCAUUUCUUUUGGGCACUUUCAGUUUUGUGCAGAUUUCAGAUCCUGUACCCUUUCAUUGCAAUGCAAAGCUUUAUAGUUAUAGGGGGCUAUUUUUAGUAUAGAGACCAUGGAAUCGAGCUUUGUACCUUUUCGUGGAAUCAAGAAUGAUCUUGAGGGGAGGCUGAAGUGUUACAAGCAAGACUGGACUGGUGGUUUCAGGGCGGGCUUCAGGAUUUUGGCCCCCACCACAUACAUAUUUUUUGCAUCAGCAAUUCCAGUUAUUUCAUUUGGAGAACAGUUGGAAAGAGCUACAGACGGAGUUCUCACAGCUGUUCAAACAUUAGCGUCUACUGCACUUUGUGGAAUUAUACACUCCAUCAUUGGGGGUCAGCCUUUACUGAUUCUUGGAGUUGCAGAGCCAACUGUAAUUAUGUACACAUUCAUGUUCAACUUUGCUAAAAAUAGAUCAGAUUUGGGGUCAAAACUCUUCCUUGCGUGGACUGGAUGGGUAUGCAUGUGGACUGCACUCUUGCUCUUUCUUCUAGCUAUCUUAGGGGCUUGCUCCAUCAUCAAUAGAUUUACUCGUCUGGCAGGAGAAUUGUUUGGCCUUCUGAUUGCAAUGCUUUUCAUGCAGGAAGCUAUCAAGGGUCUUAUUAAUGAAUUUCACCUACCUGAAAGAGAAAAUCCCAAGUCAAUUGAAUUUCAACCUUCGUGGAGAUUUGCGAAUGGAAUGUUUGCCUUGGUUCUGUCAUUUGGCCUUCUGUUUACUUCAUUAAGAAGCAGAAAAGCAAGAUCUUGGCGUUAUGGUUCUGGGUGGCUCCGAGGUUUCAUAGCAGAUUAUGGGGUGCCGUUGAUGGUUCUAGUUUGGACAGCUGUUUCUUACAUUCCAGCAGGAACUGUGCCAAAAGGAAUUCCAAGGCGACUCUUUAGUCCAAACCCAUGGUCACCUGGUGCCUUUGAGAAUUGGACAGUUGUUAAGGACAUGCUCAAUGUGCCGGUUCUCUACAUUAUUGGAGCUUUUGUUCCAGCAACAAUGAUUGCAGUUCUAUAUUAUUUUGAUCACAGUGUUGCAUCUCAGCUUGCUCAACAGAAAGAAUUCAAUUUGAGAAAACCGCCUUCAUUCCACUAUGAUCUACUUCUUCUGGGGUUCAUGGUCAUAAUUUGUGGUCUCAUAGGAAUCCCUCCAUCAAAUGGUGUGAUUCCACAAUCUCCUAUGCACACUAAAACCUUGGCUACAUUGAAGCACCAGGUUAGCGCAUCAAUAUCAAGACGUAUAGAAUUUUCACUUUAUUAUUGGUUCCAAAGCUUGCAUAUAAGUAUUAUUCCUCAAGUGAGUCAACUUAAUUUAUCUUUUGCUAUGCAGUUACUCCGUAAUCGACUGGUAGCAAUAGCUCGCAAAUGUAUGGGUAAGAAUGCAAGCUUGGGACAAGUUUAUGGAAGCAUGCAAGAAGGCUAUCAACAUAUGCAAACCCCACUCAUUUACCAGGAGCCUUCUGUUCGGGGGCUGAAGGAAUUAAAAGAAUCCACAGUUGAAAUGGCUGCAAGCAUGGGAAAUAUUGAUGCACCUGUCGAUGAGACAGUAUUUGACGUUGAAAAGGAGAUUGAUGAUUUAUUGCCUGUUGAGGUGAAGGAGCAGCGGGUCAGUAACUUGCUUCAAGCAAUGAUGGUUGGAGGAUGUGUUGCAGCCAUGCCUUUCAUCAAGAAGAUACCAACCUCAGUCCUCUGGGGCUAUUUUGCCUUCAUGGCCAUUGAAAGUCUCCCUGGUAACCAGUGUUGGGAGCGGAUCUUGCUGCUUUUCACAGCUCCAAGCAGAAGAUACAAGGUACUGGAGGAAUACCACGCUACGUUUGUCGAAACUGUACCUUUCAAGACAAUUGCAGUAUUCACACUCUUCCAGACUGCUUACUUGCUUGUUUGUUUUGGCAUUACAUGGGUUCCACUUGCUGGAGUUCUAUUCCCUUUAAUGAUUAUGCUUUUGAUUCCUGUGAGACAAUACAUUCUACCCAAGUUCUUCAAAGGGGUGCACCUCCAGGAUUUAGAUGCUGCAGAGUAUGAAGAAACACCAGCUUUACCAUUCAACCUAGCAACUGAGGCAGAGUUGAGUAGGACUGCUUCGUUUGCCAAUGAUGGUGAAAUCUUAGAUGGGAUGGUGACUCGCAGCAGGGGUGAAAUCAGACGCAUGUGCAGUCCCAGGUUAACAAGCUCCACCGCAAUGCCAUCAAAAGAAUUUUCAAGCCUACAGAGCCCACGAUUCUCAGACAAGGUGUAUAGCCCCCGCAUAAGCGAAUUGAGAGGAGAACUAAGUCCUAGGAGGGGUGGAAGAGGACCUCUCAGUCCAAAGACUGGAGAGACGAGACCAUUCAGUUUAGGAAAAGGGGUUUAGGAAAUUAGGAGUCACAUGAAAUAACUCAUUCAUCAAAUGUAAGUUCUGUCAUUCGAAAAAAAACAAAAAACAAAAGAGUAAAGAUGUUAACAGGCAAAGGUGGCUCCAUGAAUAUGCAGGAGGAAUUCUGCAAUGCAUGGAUGGCAUGGUCUCUCACAUCGGCAGCAUGGUAUAUUAUGUGUUAAAUGCUCUGAUUACCGAAGAGCUAGCUGCAUGUAUACAGUAAUUAUGCCCAUAACAGCAUUGAAUUCCUUAGUUUUUUGCAGUCAAAGAAAAGAAAUGCUGAUGCAUUGCAUUGCAUUUCAUAUUGGUUCUGGAA